AUGCAGAUCUUCGUGAAGACCCUCACGGGCAAGACUAUCACCCUCGAGGUGGAGUCGUCCGACACCAUCGACAAUGUCAAGUCCAAGAUCCAGGACAAGGAGGGCAUCCCCCCCGACCAGCAGCGCCUGAUCUUCGCCGGAAAGCAGCUCGAGGACGGCCGCACCCUGUCCGACUACAACAUCCAGAAGGAGUCCACCCUCCACCUGGUGCUGCGCCUGCGUGGUGGUGGCAAGAAGCGCAAGAAGAAGGUCUACACCACCCCCAAGAAGAUCAAGCACAAGCGCAAGAAGACCAAGUUGGCCGUCCUCAAGUACUACAAGGUCGACUCCGACGGCAAGAUUGAGCGUCUCCGCCGCGAGUGCCCCUCCGACACCUGCGGUGCCGGUGUCUUCAUGGCCGCCAUGAACGACCGCCAGUACUGCGGCCGCUGCCACCUCACCUACGUCUUCGACAAGAAGGAAUAA